UAAAGAUCGUGGACGUAUUAUAUAGAAAGCUUCACAUCGUGUAGAUUAUCUUACUAACCUUGACAUAGAACCUUAGCUCGACUUCAUUUUAUGACCUGCAACAACGACAAUGCACUCUCCUACCCAAAUACCAACGGACAUGAUGCUAGACCAAGAAUGGCUCGAGAGUAUGGACCUAACCAAUAACGAACUCACAUCUCAGGAGUCUCCAUCAGGUGCUGAAAAGCCCGUCGACUUCUCCCUCUCAACGCCCCUAUCCGAGCACGACUUCUUAGGAACCGACAACUUUUCCGAUCAGUACUUCGAUCACUUUCUACAGAGCGAUAUUCAGCAAAGCCAUAUGACUAUGGAGCAGAAUUUUGGGAUGGACUUACAAGCACCUCCCGAAGCAUCAACAACAACAGCCCCUGGAACCUGCACCAACCCAGAGACAUGUAUGAUAUUAGGCUUGAACACACUUCGAGGCCUACAUAUACCGUACCCAUCUUCAUUUUGCAUCGUAAACCAGUCAACAGCAUAUCACCAGCCACGGAUGGUUGAUGAGGCACUCAGCAACAACGAAAACGCUCUCGACGCCGUGAAACGGAUCGCCGAAUGCCCCUGUAUAUCCAAGAGAACAGUACGGAUGCUACUACUCGUUAUCUGCGAGAAACUGAUAUCCUGGAACGCAAUAAUCCUCUGCGAUCAGGGAGAAGAGCGGGCUUCUGCCUACAGGAGCCUUUUCGAGACAGAUGGGUCAGAACGUCUGGUCACGGGGAGUCACAUGCCCGUCCGGGUUGGACAGUUCUCAGCCGAUGCCAGCCUUGGGGGUCGAAUCCGUGCGUGCAUAGUAGUAGACACAUUGGAACGCUUACAGACGGUCCUUGGAGAUGUCCUACGGGAUCCUUUUCCUGGGGAUGUGAAUAGCGAAAGCUCGAAUGGAGUGGUGGAAGUGCUGGACCGCCGACUGAAGGACUUGAAAGCAGAAGCAGCAAGCCGUCUACAAGAUGACCGACGAUCAUAACCACAAUGUUUGAAAUUCAUUAGGACGCCUUAUCAUAAGGAAAAUGUACAGUAUCCAAACAACUUCAUCAGCCCCUUUCGUCGGUUGUUACAUUAGCCUAUAGAUAGUUGUGAUUUAUGUAUUUAGCGUACCUAAAUAAAAGCGACGGGGUAAAAAGUACCUACAUUAUACAAUUUGAAGUUUGCCUCAUUGACAUUGACAUUUC